AUGUCCACGGUCCGGUCUCUGUGUCCCCGGGCGUUAUAAAUAGCAAAGGUUAAUUAGUUAGCUGAGAAAUUGGAUCAGGGGCGGGCAGUUAGAAUUUGAUCCACAGACAGGUAACUCAAGCAAUCCCUAUUGUCACUGCAAUCAGACCUAUAUAAAUCCGCCUUGACAGACAACAGUCACCACAUAGCCUUACCUCUCUUGCAGGAUCACCGACCCGCCGAGAACACCCCCCCGAACACGGAAUAAAAUGUCGCUCUCAUCUAUCCUCUCCGCUGACGCCAUCGACAGCGCUAUCAAGGACUGCCAAGCCCCAGACUCCUUCUGCCCCAAGAAGUUCUUCCAGGUGUGUGGCCUCACCAAGAAGAGCCCACAGGAUGUGAAGAAGGUUUUUGGGAUCCUGGACAACGAUGGCAAUGGUUUCAUUGAGGAGGAAGAGCUCAAGUCUUUCCUCCAGAGGUUUUCCCCUGGGGCUCGCGCUCUGACAGACAAGGAGAUCAAGGGCUUCAUGUGUGCUGCUGAUGACGACAGCGAUGGCCGGAUUGGAGCAGAUGAGUUCCAGGCCAUGGUCAUGUCCUAAACAACUGGACCUCAUCUCUCCAACUCAAUGAGACCCCCCCCUCCAACCUCCUCCCUCUAUUCCACUGCUAUAAGGGCUCUCUUAGUUUUAGUUGUUUUCCAUCUAGUUAGAUGAAUGAUUUUGAUUCUUUUUAUUUUGCAAGAUUCGCUCUGGUCCACAGACAUACACAUUCUCAUCAGGUUUUUAGUUUUUUUUUUUCAUGUUUUAGAGAGAUCAUAAAGCGGUAUUUCCCAAAUAAAUGUACAAUUUACCAAAUUACUGAGAAAAUAAAAUAAUAAAAUCCAAAAAA